AUGGCUUUUUUCUCCGCUUGUCAGACGCUCUCUUGGCGCCGGGGUCGCUCGGUAUAUCGUGCCCGUAAUUUCCUCCUUCUUUGCACUGUUCUGUGCUUCAUAUCGUCGGUACGGCCGACGGGAGCCGUUCCUUGCGACCCGACAACGACCACAGUUUGCACGAAUGGGAGUUGUUUUGCACACAACGGACUCGAAGUUUGCGUGUGCGAAUUACCAUGGACGGGCGCACAGUGCGACCAGACUAUGUCGUUGUGCACCAAGGACUGCGGAGUGAGCGCGGACACUGGGCUAGACUGCCAAACCGCGUUGUGUGGGCUAGGGUCUUGCACGGACAGCAGGGUGCCGCCGUAUUACUCGUGCGCCUGCGGAGAUUUUUAUUCGGGGAACAACUGUGAAAUCCAAAGCAACCCAUGCAGUAGCGCGAGCAGUAAUCCAUGUGCGCACGGCUCUUGUACAUUUGCGCCCGGGAAAAGCAGCGGCACAGUCACGUGUGUGUGCGAUGAUGGAUGGGAGGUCCCUCAGGGCGCAACGUCGACUCUAGUCAAGUGGGGAAGUAGUGAAGUCCUCAUGGGGCCACCUUGCUCUCAGCAGCAGCAUCGAGGAGUUGCGAAGCUCGCCCUGACAUUAACUAGCGGCGAGAUGAUUAUCUGGUGGAUCGUUUUUGCCAUCAGUAUUAUUGCGCUUACCUGGUGCUGCUACACUGUGUGCGCUGAGACGUGCUCCACGUAUAUCAAAGCCAUCGGCAGAAUGAGGACCGGGGCACAAGUGGCUAGCGCCGUUGCGGGGAGCUGA